AUGAAUCUGCAUGGUGCCUUGGAUGAUCAUCCGGACUCGUACUGGCUGACUGUGGAUCUGCUGAGCGUGGAUUGGCGUAAAGGUUGCCUAACUACAGCUGGCUGUGCAGAACCACGGUUUCAGAUCACCGAAUUGAACACAGUUAACAAUGAAGCAAAUUCGAUCAGCUGGCCAGUAACACUCAAAAUGGCUGAGGUAAAAACUUUAUCUUCGAGCAUAACUAGAGGCAUUGGAGCUGGGAACCGUUGGGCCUGGAAUAACUACUCAAAGUGUGGCUAAAU